AUGGUACAGGCUAGGGGGUUUCGGUUUCGGAUAGUUUUUGUGGAGAGAUCCACACCGGUUGGUGUAAAUACCCCAACGACUGUAAACACCGAGACGCCCGGAUAUAGCAGUGUUUCCACUCUGGUGUCGCCAUCUAUAGGUCAGGCGGGGCUUGACGCGGCUGCUAGGUCGGCCAAUGGUGUACACGAAUCGACAGCAGCAGAAGAUAUGCAACAAACUACAGCAGCAGAAGAUGUACAACAAACAAGCACUACAGAGGAUAUACAACAUACAACAUUAGCAGACGAUAUUCAAAAUACAACAUUAGCAAACAAUAUACAUUAUACAACAAUAGAUGACGAUAUACACCAUACAACAGUAGAUGAUAUUCAAACUACAACGACAGCAGGCAAUAUACAAUAUACAACAUUAGCAGAUGAUAUACAACAUACAACAGCAGAUGACAAUUUACAACAUACAACAUUAGCAGACGACCUACAACACUCUACAGUGUCGCCAUCUGUACCAGUGGUGAUGUCAGAGCCAGCUAGCCCAGAACCUGGCGCACCAUCACCAUCACCAUUACCAUCCACACCUGCAUAUCCACUCCAUUCUUCUGCUGAUGUCGCCUACACUUCAACAUACACCCUAGCAUAUACAUCCACAUCAUCACAUCCUGAAUUGGGAACAAUCCCGGAAAUGACCCCUAACUCACCAAACAAAAGUUCAUCAACAAGCCAGAGUAGCUUCCCUUGGGUCAACCAAUCAGCAACAUCCUCUACGACCACUGGCUCUUCGGUGACUGCAAGUGAAGUCCAGGAGUUAAUUAGUUCUUCAAUCCCAUUGGUGGAUAUAUGUAGUCACGUGAUUUAUCGUAUUGACGGCGGUCACGUGUUUAUAGCCUCGCCAGGACUGACCAAUAGUCGCCCGCUGACGAAUAGAUGCGACAUGGUGGUCGUAACGGGCAAACAAAAGGUAUUAAGCCUCACCCUGGAGUACCUGAAUCUCCCCGAGAGCGACGACUGUUCCUUGGAUUGGCUGGAACUCUCGUCAAAAUCUGGCCGCAUUGGCAGGUUCUGUGGCCGCAGACGUGGUGACAGUUUGCAGACGACCGAGUACUUUAUAGCCUUGACCUUUUCAUCAAAGGACAUACAGACACAGGCGGGGUUCAUGAUGAAGAUUGAAGCUCUAGAAACGAGCUCGCCCAGCAUGGCCGCCACCAUCCAGCCAAUCAGCGAGGCCGUACUAUGCCAGUCGACGGUGGACUACUUAGACAACAGCCCAUUGGUCCUCACAAGCCCGGGCUACCAGCUGGGCUUGUACCCGCUCAACAUGGACUGCCACAUGGCCGUGUUUACAGCUGCUAACAGAAAAAUUAUUUUGUCCAUACUGGACUUUGAAACGGAAGGAAACUUCAAUUGCUCGUACGAUUACGUCAUUGUGUAUGACGGUGCAAGCCCUCAAUCUAACUCGCUUGGACGCUACUGUGGGAGAAUCAUUCAGAAGGAGGUUAUAACUUCCGGGUCAGCUAUUUUUAUAACUUUUAUAUCCGACUCUAUAGUAUCGAAAAAGGGCUUCAAGAUAAAGCUUGACGGAGUCAACGACGAUACCAUUAAAACGACUAGUGAGUUAAUGCAGGAGUCGAGUACACAAAAGACGUCUGCGAUACCUGAAUUCAGCACUUUAAUGUCGAUACUGACGUCACAGUAUACAGCGUCAACUUCUAAGUUGGAGGAAAGUGCAACAACAUUAACAACAGAACCACCACAACCAACAACAACAGAACCACCAACUACAACAACAGAACCACCAACUACAACAACAGAACUACCAACUACAACAACAACAGAACCACCAACUACAACAACAGAACUACCAACUACAACAACAGAACUACCAACUACAACAACAACAUCAGAACCACCAACUACAAAAACAGAACCAAAAACUACGACAACAACAACAACAGACCCACCAACUACAACAACAGAACCACCAACUACAACAACAACGACUGAAUCACCAACUACAACAACAACAGAACCACCAACUACAACAACAGAACCACCAACUACAGCAACAGAACCACCAACUACAGCAACAGAACCACAAACUACAACAACAGACCCACCAACUACAACAGACCCACCAACUACACCAGAACCACCAACUACAGCAACAGAACCACAAACUACAACAACAAUGACUGAAUCACCAUCAACUACAACAACAGAAUCGCCAACUACAACACUAGAGUCACCUUCUACAACAACAGAACCACCAACUACCACACCAACUACUGCCACGACAACACCAACCACACCAACCACACCUACGCUAGCCACCACUGCCUCUACUGAUCCCGUAUUAGAAACAGCUUGUUCUGGCGUCCCUUACCUUCUCGCCACCUCAGGAACGAUAACCUCUCCAGGCUUUACGUCAGGCCACUCCUACCCCAAUGACGUCACAUGUCAGUGGAUCAUUGAAGGCGGGAACAACAAGAUUAUCUCCCUGCAUUUUACAACCUUCGACCUGGAGCAGCAAGCGUCAUGUGACUACGAUUACCUGGAGGUGUCUGGCGUCGACAACAACACGCGGACGGUGCUUGGGCGCUUCUGUGGUCAGCAGAGGCCCGAUGACGUCACGUGGGUGGGUCAGAGGCUGGAGGUGACGUUUGUCUCAGACAGGAUGGGUAGCAGGCCAGGCUUCUCGCUGUCGUACAGGGUGACACGGCAGCAGGCGGUCACAGUGUGUCCUUCUGGUCGUGUGGCAUGCAGCAGUGACGUCAAGUGUAUCCCAAUAGAGUGGCUGUGUGACAAGGAGCCUGACUGUUCGGAUGGCGAGGAUGAAAGUGAAUGUGACGAGUGUGGGAAGGACGAAUUUGCCUGUUCGGAGAAGAGUUGCAUCCCUUUCUACCAUGUUUGUGACGGGGAACCUCAGUGCCAGUACUGGGAGGACGAAGCCGUCUGCUCAAAACUUGACGAAAGUGGCACACUGGAGGUCAUGGCCGAAGGUCGUUGGUUUCCGGUUUGUGCUGAAGGGUGGGAAGAAGGUGGAGUUAAUGCCAGAUGGGCUUGUGAGAAUGUUGGAAAAUUGCAACCCGAGUCUGUGACUGGAGUGUUGGUCCAACAAGCCAAGUUCUUUGCUCAUGUGUCUGUCAUACAACACAAUUUGACAAACGUUGCAGUGUUGACAUCAUCAAAUAGCUACAGUACAGAACUGCAUCUCAGCUCAAAUUGUGAAGAGAAUCUUGGUGUCCAGCUUAUUUGCUCAUCAAAGGAAUGUGGUCAGCGAGCUAAUCACCUGCCUCAGCCUUAUGUGCUGGGUGCCAGCAAUUCUGUGGAUGGCCAGUGGCCAUGGAUGGCCGCUGUAUUUUCUGGAUCUAUGUUUACAUGCGGAGCUUCUCUGAUAUCUGACCAUUGGCUGGUCACUGCUGGACAUUGUGUUUACAACAUGCUUAACUCCCCUCAAACAACGACUGUCCACUUGGGGCAUGUCAACAUUAACUCCCCUGAAAUGAUCAGCAUCCGUGUCUCAGAGAUUGUGAUACACCCAGAGAACAACUACAUCUACAACAACGACAUCGCCCUACUGCGGCUGGAACAGCCUGUCACCCUCAGUGAGAUGGUGGCUCCACUUUGCCUGAGCUCAGUGGUCCGACCUCGGAGCUUAAGUUUACCGUGUUAUGUGGCAGGCUGGGGUGUCAGUGACAAACUGAACAUAGCUUCAGGUGAACUGAGUUCCAUUCUUCACCAUACAAAAAUAAAACUGUGGGACCAGACAAAAUGCCAGAUGGCGUAUCCUGACAGGGUGAAACCAACUAUGCUGUGUGCUGGUUAUCAGAAUGGGGAAAUGGAUGCUUGUAAGGGUGACAGUGGUGGCCCCUUGAUGUGUCUAUCUGCACAUAACCUGUGGGAGCUGGUGGGGGUUGUGAGCUGGGGGGAGAGCUGCGGCCAGAUUGGCAAGCCAGGGGUGUACACACAAGUGGAUUCAUAUCUGACCUGGAUCAGAUCCGUCAUUGGUGACCCAGAAGGUCAACAUUUCAACUGUGACUUUGAGCACCCAGAUUUUUGUGGGUAUACCAGCCAAUCAGAAAGUGAAUUUGCUUGGAGCAGAAGGGCAGGGGGCCUCCAUGUUCCCUCAAUGCCAACUAUGGACAACACCUUCAAAAAUGCAACAGGACACUAUGCAUACACAUAUGUCCCUUACAACACCAAGUACAAAUCAGCUAUACUGAAAUCUUCAGCCAUGGAGGUAACAAAUGAAAAAAGUUGUUUGCAUGCUUUUGUACUGGUCUAUGAUUGCGAGUUGUGUAAGAUGGAGGUCAAGGCUGUCAGUUCUACUGGCAUCGUCAGUCAGGUGUUGUUUCAAGUGUCGUCAGCACAAACAACAUCUUGGCUCGGUUUUAGUGUAGACAUCCCACAACAGACUCAAGAGAUUCAGUUCAUCUCAACAUCUGGUAGACUCUCUGGUGGUGGAAUAGCACUGGAUGAUGUCUUUCUGGACAAAGGCAUUUGUGAAAAUACUUUACUCAUCAACUGUGAUUUUAAUUCACCCACUACAAAUGGUGAAAACAGUGGUUCAUUUUGUGGAUACACCCAGGAAACUGUAUCAGAUGAUUUCAACUGGGUUGUUCAAUCUGACACUAACUCUAAUGAUUACUUCCUUAGAGCUUUUGGGCCUUUUAAUUUUCCUGGCAACAUCGCUGGGAUAAUGUCUCCAGCAGUCAAGACUGCCAUUUUUAUGUGCCUGAGUUUUCGUAUGAGAACAUCUGCAUCUAACGUGGGCUACCUUCAAGUCUGCAAAUUGUUUUAUUAUGGUGGCUAUGCAUAUCCGGAUUGUUCUUUAUGGACUUCAAGGUUCAAGGCCAUCAGCCCAAAUGUCUGGAGUGAAGUCCAAGUUCAGAUCGAGGCUUUAGGAACAGAUUUCUAUAUAAUGUUUGAGAUGACCAAAGGUCAAACUAUAGGUUACAUUGAUGUAGAUGAUAUACAAAGAUUUGAUGGUAAUUGUUUGUGA